AUGCUCUUCUCUGGUGAAGACAAUCUUGGAGCCUGUUUGAAAAACCUCAAGAUUCUGAGGAGAAGACACAUAUGCCAUCAACCCCUCCCUAAGAACAUAUAUGUUGAUGUCGAAGCAAAUGAGGAUGAUGAUGAAGAUGAGGAGGAUGAUGAUGCAAGUGACAAUGAUGGGGAGCAGGACCAAGGACUGUCAGCAAAGGAUACAUUAUCCAAGAAGAUUGACAAGAUAUACAACAACACAACCAACAUAUCUAGCUCUUCAAGAAGACUUGUUUCUUACAGAGCCACCUGGCCCCCUGCCACACUCAAGAGCAGAAUGUAUCUGCUACAUGUUUACAAAACUGCUACAACCUAUAUUGGUGAAUAUCUUCAGAGCAAAGGAUUCACUGUGACCAUGUCACCUUGGCUGUCUGGGCAGCUCUAUGUUAUAUCAGACAGCCCCAGAACCAUCGCAUCAUCCCUUCCAGACUCACAUAAAAUUGGGGAUCACAUAGAAGUCCUUGUGGGACAACACAUAGGGAAACAGGGCAUCAUGACCAUUCCUCCUCAUGGAGGAACCGAUCUGUGGUUCCAGGAUGAGUCUCUCCAAAACUUCAUUGCAGGUGCUACAAAGUACUAUUUAGGACCACCAAUUAUUCAAGUUCCUGUGGCAACUAUUUGGCAGAUGCACCUACCCCAGACAAUCAAAUUCACAAGGGAAAAAGGUUAUGACAUCAAGCCUGGAGAUGUCAUAGAGGUUGCUCACAGCCCAGAGUAUUAG